GAGGACAAAGCAAGAUGGCGUCUGACGGUGAAGACGUUAUUGCAGUCGUCACAGUUCAGUGUUCUUAAUCUGUGCGUCCAUGUACACAUAUAUGUCCUUUAUUACACUCUAUUAAAUAGAGUAAACAUCGUUAAUAACUGUUCGCAUCCGGUUAUAUUAGUCUGAGCGCACUUUGACGCUUCUCGAGCUAGCUUAGCUUGCUAGUUAGCUUAGCGUGUUAGCUGCUAACAAAGAGAGGCGGAAGUGAUGAAAACACAUCGCUAAGCAGAGAUCAAGUGUGAGUGUAAAGUGUUGUGAUUGUGUGAAAAUGUGCGAAAGAACGAUAGCAGAGUACGAGGAGGAACUUUGUCCAACAAAAGAGGAGAAGGAGCGACAACAUGAAAAACAUCAAGUUGUGUUACACAGAACAGACAUCCAUCAGCUGAUUGGACACCAAAAAGAAUGUCUCCCUCAUCUGCAGGGGGACAGUUUCACUUUAGAGGAUACACAGCCCUCACAUUUUAAAGGGGACGAGGAGGAUCCACAGCCCCCUUAUUUUAAAGAGGAAGAAGAGGGAGAGUGUCCUGUAGGGCAGGAGGAGGCUGAUCUCACCAAGUUUCCACUGACUGUUGUCUCUGUGAAGACUGAAGAGCAUGAAGACAAAGCACCUGAGUCCUCACAGCUUCAUCACAGUCCAAACGUCUGUGAAAAAUAUCGUCCACCUGAGCAGCAGGAGGGGUCCUCCAGUGUGGAGCAGAAGAGGUCACAGCACCUCCACGUGAAAGAAGAGGAGCCACAGCCCCCUUACUUUAAAGAUGAAGAAGAACAGCGGCUGUCCCCCCACUUCAUAGAGGAAGACAAGAGACACCUCAUCAGUGUGAAGAGUGAAGAUGAUGAGGUCAAAAUUGAAAGUGAGGAGCCUCCAAGCAGCAGCUCAACUCAACACAUGACAACAGAAGCUGAUGGAGACCACUGUGGAGGAUCACAAGCAGACAAGCUCUUAGCUCCACUAUCAGAUAGUGAGGACACAACGUCACACUCUCCUGACACUGAUGAUGAAGACUCUAAAGAUGAUAAGACAUGUCACACUGACAACACACACUUCACAUGUUCUCUCUGUGACAAAACUUUUAAUGUUCGUCGCAAUAUGAAAAGACACAUGAGAACACACACUGGAGAAAAACCUUUUUCCUGCUCAGAAUGUGGUAAAAGUUUUGCAGUAAAUCAAAGUUUAAAAGAACACAUGAGAACACACACUGGAGAAAAACCCUUUUCGUGUUCAAUCUGCGGUAAAGAUUUUACUCAAAGGCCCAAUUUCAAAGCACACAUGAGAAUACACUCUGGAGAAAAACCUUUUUCCUGCUCAGAGUGUGGUAAAAGUUUUGUAGAAAAUCGAAGUUUAAAAGAACACAUGGGAAUACACACUGGAGAAACCCCUUUUUCCUGCUCAGAAUGUGGUAAAAGUUUUGUAAAAAAGCAAAAUUUAAAAGUACACAUGAGACUACACACGGGAGAAAAACCUUUUUCCUGCUCAGAAUGUGGUCAAAGUUUUCUAGUAAAUCAAAGUUUAAAAGCACACAUGAGAAUACACACUGGAGAAAACCCUUUUUCUUGCUCAGAAUGUGGUAAAAGUUUUGUAAAAAAUCAAAAUUUACAAGUACACAUGAGAAUACACACUGGCGAAAACCCCUUUUCCUGCUCAGAAUGUGGUAAAAGUUUUCUAUUAAAUCAAAGUUUAAAAGUACACAUGAGAACACACACUGGAGAAAAACCUUUUUCAUGUGCAAUCUGCGGUAAAGAUUUUACUCGAAGGGACAAUUUCAAAGCACACAUGAGAACGCACUCUGGUGAAAAACCAUACUCCUGUUCGAGCUGCAACAAAAGCUUCCGUUGCCUAUACACUCUUAGAGUACACAUGAGAACACACACAGGAGAGAAAGCGUUGAGUUGCAGUGUGUGUGGUGAAAGAUUCUCUUAUAAGAACCAGUGUGAGAAACACAAGUGUGCUGGUGAGAACAGCAGCAGCACAUGAAGAUGCAGGAUUUGAAAUAAACUGUCAAAACUUUCACUUUUGACUUUCUAACAUCAGCACAUAUAACAUGUGUGACAUCAUUGUUGUGUGUGUAACACAAUCUUGUUAAUAACAUUUAUAGAUUAGACACUUUUAUUUCAGUCAAGUACAUGAGUUAAUAUUCACAUUUGUGUACUUUAAAAUGAACAGAACAAUUUGACUGAAAGGGUGAGAAUAAACAGUACAUAAAAUAUGUUACAUACAAUAAUAAUUUUAUGUGUAGAUAUUCAUAAUUCACUUUUAUACUUAUUCAUAUUAGUGUUUUUGUAUAAGUUUUUCGAAAUAAUGAAGUGUUACAUAUUUUAUUUUCUAUUUGUGGAUAAUUCCAUAGAUGAACUCCUUUAUAUGAUAUACAUAUUUCACCAUCUCCACCUCUCCAAUGUCCUUCUUUAACCCCUUAACCAGUGUCAUCAAACUAUUAUCAUUCAUGUCUUGAUCUGAUUUAAAUUUGUAUAUGAUCUUGCAAUUAUCUACCAUAAUCUUUUUCCUCUUUUCUAUUCCUUCAUCAUCUUCAUGUACUCUUUUAGCACUCCACUUUCCUUCAUGCCCUCCUCUCCCCUUCUUUCCUCUCUCCCCUCUAGUCCUAUCCAUGUCCAUACCUUCCUCAUACAUCAUACUUGCCAACCCUCCCGGAUUUUCCGGGAGACUCCCGAAAUUCAGCGCCUCUCCCGAAAACCUCCCGGGACAAAUUUUCUCCCGAAAAUCUCCCGAAAUUCAGGCGGAGCUGGAGGCCACGCCCCCUCCAGCUCCAUGCUUACCUGAGUGACGUGUUGACAGCCUGUUCACACGUCCGCUUUCCCACAAUACAAACAGCUAAUGAUGGAGGGCGAGUUCUUGGUUUCUUAUGUGGGUUUAUUGUUAGGCAGUUUCAUUAACGUCCUCCCAGUGCGGCAACAACACACAACAACAGCAGUCACGUUUUUGUCUACCGUAAAGCAGUUCGUCUGCCGUAAACAGCAAUGUUGUGACACUCUUAAACAGGACAAUACUGCCAUCUACUGUACAUGCAUAUGUGACCCACCCAUAAUGUGUCACAUUUUUGUGUUGAUUUAUUUAUUUUAUUUUGUGGUUUGAAUUCGUUUUUGGAGCUGUCAUUACAGAUUUAUCAGUAUUCACAUUGGUCAGUAGGGGGCAGUAGGGCGUUUCUUCCUAAUUGAAUGCUAUCACCUGCAGACCGGAAGUGUCUUGUCAUUCUGAUGAGCGCGACCAGUCUGUGAACAAUUGAAACGUCCUGUGUGCUUUUUCCUCCUGUAUAACAGGCUAGUUUUGGUGAAUCAACUCACAGAAUAAUAUCCAUGUGAUCUUUAUAAGUUUAAGUACACAUUCUGAUGGUGGAGCCUAACUCUAAAGUGUUUGUGAGUUGUAGUUUGUAUUUGUGAAUGAAUCCAGUGCACAGCUGCAGUAAUCAAUACAAAAAGGCGACGUGAGUGCGAAAUGUUUAUAUAGGAACUUCUGAUCCUAAUUCAGACUCCCAAAUUAGAGCUCCCGUUUUCUUAUUGAUUUUAUAAUGUAUAUUUGUAUAAUGUGUGUGUUCUGUAAUAGUGACAGAGAAUAGAACAAGGAUGGACAAUUCAACCCUUAACUCAACAAUGAGUAGAUGAGUG